GUCAGCAAGUAAUCUGACUUAAGUGUCUUGUGGCAAAUGUGAUAAAAUACUGAUAAUUUUUAUAGGUUUCUAUAAUAUAUCCUUUACAAUAUUUCCGCAUAUAAUCCUAUGACAGUCUAAAGGCUAUGAGUACCGGGCCAUACUCAAUCAAACCGUGAAAAUGGAAGAUUUCAAAUAUGUUCUUCAACGGCAAGCUCCUGGUAAAAUAUGUUUCGGUUCCGGAGUGGAACGGGAAUGUCUUCCAAUCAAAGGUCCCGCAAAGACAUCUUUGAUGAGACGAUUCAUCCCCGAUAACUUAGUGGGACCUGGGCCAAUGAAAUACGAUUUCAAAAGCACAUUACUCAAAAAAUACCCAAAUAAAGCCGGAUAUGGUGGUUUGGCAUAUAACGAACCGCGGUCACCAAAAACCAUAGCUUCACAAUAUCCUGCAGUCGGUACUUAUGACGUUAGCCCUGUGAGAGAAGUAAAAUAUGCUGCAAAACCAUUCAACAUAGGUGCAAAAUUAGCUAAAAAGAGACCUUUCCUCACACCUGCACCUGGUACGUAUAAUUUCCGUAAAAGGAAUAUUACUGUGGAUGAAGGGUUUGGUAAACAUCGAUUGAAUUACUCAGCGGUUAGAACCAUCUGCACUCCCAUCAACCAUGCCCGGUGCUGUAUUUGCGAAGAAAUGCCCUUGGGGGACUAUUGGCGACACUGGACCAAUGAACAGGAUAUGUGCCGUCCUUGUAUGGUCAAGGAGAGACGAACAGCGAAUAUGAGUAAGCCAAAAAGUAAAAAGAUGAAACGAUUGGCUGAAUUAGAUAAGUUCAUACGUGUAAGAUAUUGUGAUUAUUAUCACGAGCACAGUGGAACAAAGGCUGCGAUAAAAUUUCUUAGUAAUCAUCAUUUAAAAAUGAAGUUUCGUUGUGAGGAUUAUUUGAAUAUGUUCUAUUAUUGAUCAGUAAAAUAUAAAAAUGCAUAAAUGA